CUGGCUGUGGUUCGGGGAGGAGCUUCGCCACUCUCUUCCUGAGUGCUGUGCUAGUGAGUGUGGCAGACUGGACCAUAGCCACAGCAUCAGUGCAUCAUCACUUGACACAGCGAGGAUUAAAUCCACAGUUCCGUUUUGAUUCUGGUGUUGAGAGCUUCAGUCUCUUUCCUCAGAAAGCUCCGUAUUAAAAGCUCUAAGGUGUCUCGCGGAGAAUGACUGCUUGAACAUCGCCAGGAGCAAUCGUCAAGGCGAGCGGCAGCGGACCGACGUUAGCAGUAAAGCAAGAGAGGGAGAGAGAAGAGCGGGAAAAUUCGUGUCCUGCCUUCACCCUCCGUCAGCGUAUCCUGAACCGUCAGCAGGCCCAUUUCUUUUUCUCUCCAUUUCUUCAUGUGUUGCCCCGUUCGCUGAUCCCGCCGCCAUGAAGAUCACAUAUUUACUCGGAUUAUGUUUAUUAUUCCUGUUUGUGAUAGUAUGUCCAGGGGGAGGCGAUGCUCAGCGCCACGCUCAGCGUCAAGGCGGCGUGGUCUACGGUCGAUCCUACGUCCCGUCUACUGACAAACGGAACAGGGGUCGCUCUCGCCAGUCCUCCUCCUAUUCCUCUUCCACUUACAGUUCCUCUUCCUCCUCCUCCUCUUCGCGUACCGGUCCCGACGGGGUGACGCGCUUGACGACGAGUGGCAGCUCGUACGGCAGCCCCGGGUCGGGGGUACAAAACACAUCUUACACUUACACGACCUUCGACCGAGAGGACGCACGACCUUCCUCCUCUCCUUCCGCCUCCUCUUCCUCCUCAACCUCGGAUAGGACCGUUUUGACUGCGGGCACUACCAGCAGGACCUCCUCUACCUCAUCUUCCAAGUCGCGCUCACGCGGAGGCAAAGGAAGAGGCAGAGGGAGAGAUAGAGAGAGGGAAAGAGAAAGAGAAAGAGGAGAGGAGAGGCGGGAAGGGCAGGAGGGUGAUGACCAGACGCCCGUGGUUGACGAGUCCUAUUUCGAGCGGCGUGGCCAGUCCCAAGACGGUCAGGGCUACUUUCGCUGGAAUGGGCGCGAGUACACGGGCGUGGGUCAUCCGGGUUCGUCGAUCUCGAGGCGCGUCAAGACCUCUAAGACUACCACCACCACGAGUCAGGCACGACCAGGCACCUCUGUCACGUACACCUACACAGUUCCUGGGGGGUCGAGUGUGACCACGUACAGGAACACCACCACGUACACCUCCCAUGUCCCAGGCUACUCGACAUCGGAGGCCCAGGGCGGCUUCGACUCUCGCUACGGCGCCACUGACUACGGCGCCACUGACUACGGCUCGCGGGGCUCGACCAACGUCGACUCGCGCUACGAGAGCUCCUACAAUCGCCGCUACAACUACGGCGGUAGCGUCACCGGCAGUAGUGGCAGCAGCAGCAGCAGGGGCGGGAGCGGCAGAGGCAGCGUCGGGUUCGGCGAGACCUACCACAAGAACACUGAAGAAGAGCUCACUUUCGACUACGAAGACGGGGAGUACGACCCUGCCUUCGAACGGGGUCCAGUUAUCUCGCUGGAGGAUCGAACUCACCCUCUCGUUGUGCGUGGAUUCGGAGUUGCUCCAGGAUAUGGGCAGAGGACGGGGCAUCCAUGUGACCAGGGCUCCUGCUACCCAGGCACGGGCAACCUGCUCAUCGGACGAGAAGCCAGGCUCUCGGCUACGUCCACGUGUGGCCUGGAAAAUAGGGAGCGCUAUUGCAUCGUGUCGCAUCUGAAGGACCGCAAGAAGUGCUUCUGGUGCGAUUCUCGGCCUCAGUGGGAUGGCAGCCCGCAGUAUUCUCACAAAAUCGACAAUAUUGUGUAUAGAUCGGAUCCCCGCACAAGACGAAGGUCAUGGUGGCAGAGUGAGAAUGGGAAGGAGGACAGCAGUAUCCGCCUUGACUUGGAGGCAGAAUUCCACUUCACGCAUCUUAUCAUUACAUUCAGGACCUUCCGUCCAUCUGCUAUGCUUAUUGAGAGGUCCUUUGAUUUUGGUAAAACGUGGAAGGUUUAUAGAUACUUUGCAUAUGACUGUAAUGAAGCCUUCCCAGGCAUUCCAACUGGCCCACCUUCAGCAAUCAAUGAUGUUGUUUGUGAAUCCCGUUACUCAGCAGUCGAGCCAUCUACAGAGGGAGAGGUUAUCUUCCGAGUUUUGGCACCAAAUAUUGAGAUUGAAAAUCCAUACAGUGAAGAUGUUCAAAAUCUCUUGAAGAUAACAAACUUGCGUGUGAACUUCACAAAACUUCACACACUUGGUGAUCAAUUACUGGACAACAGACGGGAGAUUAAGGAGAAAUAUUACUAUGCCAUUUAUGAGAUGGUUGUAAGAGGUUCCUGUUCCUGCUAUGGCCAUGCUUCCCGCUGCUUACCCCUGCCAGGUGUUGAAGAUCGCCCUGAUAUGGUCCAUGGACGCUGUGAGUGCACUCAUAACACAAAGGGUUUGAACUGUGAAGAAUGCGAGGACUUCUACAAUGAUCUGCCAUGGAGACCAGCCAUUGAAAAGGAAUCCAAUGCUUGUAAAAAGUGUAACUGUAAUAACCAUGCCACAAGAUGCCACUUUGACCCAGAUGUAUAUGAGACCUCUGGACGCAUAUCAGGAGGUGUCUGUGAUGACUGUGCACACAACACUUAUGGCCGUAACUGUGAGCAGUGUAUCCCAUACUAUUAUCAGGAUCCUGCCAGAGACAUCAGAGAUGCUGAUAUUUGCCAACCCUGUAACUGCGACACCCGCGGUUCAAUAGACGAUGCCAUUUGCGACUCCCACACUGAUGAUCCUGCUGGAUUGCUAGCUGGAAGAUGUCACUGCAAGAGCAAUGUUGAUGGCCUCAAGUGUGACCGAUGCAAGGCUGGUUACUGGAAUUUCACUACUGAUAAUCCAGAGGGUUGUCAAGAAAUUGCAGAAGAUUAUAAAAACCAGCCAAGAUCAGAGUGGCCUCAGAAACCCUGUACCUGCCAUCUUCUGGGAACACUCAACAAUGCUGGCUGCAAUGUCCUGACUGGAGAAUGUUCCUGCAAGCGAUUUGUGACUGGACGUGAUUGUAACCAGUGUUUGCCCCAGCACUAUGGCCUGUCUGAGCACCCAGAUGGAUGCCAGCCUUGCGACUGUGAUCGAGGAGGUUCUCUCGAUAACAACUGUGAUGUGCUCAGUGGCCAAUGCAAGUGUCGGCCACAUGUCACGGGUCGUCGCUGUGACACACCAGAGGAAGGCUAUUACGUCGCCAGCCUGAAUUACCUUACAUACGAAGCAGAACUUGCAAGGGGAUCUGAGCUUUAUUGUGAAGAGGCCAGUUUAUAUGACUUCAGGCAAUCCAGACUAAGUAACUGCCAGGUAGUGAUGAGGGAGCCCUACCGCGAUGGACGUGACACGACUUGGACAGGUCUUGGCUUCAUGCGUGUCUUUGAGGGAUCCUACUUGGAGUUUGAGAUUGAGAACAUUGAAACUAGCAUGGAGUACGACCUUGUUAUCCGCUAUGAGCCCCAGUUCCAAGGUGUUUGGGAGAAUGUGAUGGUAACCAUUGAACGACCAGAACCCAUUGACCCUACAGGUUCCUGUGGAAAUACUAGACCAACAGAUGACCAGAUGGUUGUCAAUCUUCCAGGCAAUAAUCGUCAUGUGACACUCUUCCCACCUGUGUGUCUUGAGGCUGGCAAGAGAUACAAAGUCCGGAUAGAUUUCAGGCGUUCCAAUGCCAACACAGAUUCUCCAUCUGCUUCCAUACUUGUGGAUUCUAUCAUGCUGAUUCCAAAGGCUGAGAGGCUACCCUUCUACUCUGGCUCAGGAGAACUUGAUGACCUGCGAUAUGAGUAUGAGAGAUAUCGGUGCAGUGAGGGCUUCUAUGAUGGCCAGAGAGUUGAGAACAUUCCAGAAAUUUGCCGAGAUAAGCAUCUUGGCAGUAUUGGCUUUUAUGUCUAUGGUCAAGCAUUCUCUUGUCAGUGUGAUGGCACUGGCAGUUACAGCAGCAUAUGUAGCUCUAUGGGAGGUCAAUGUGACUGCAAACCAAAUGUCGUUGGACGGCGCUGUGAUAGAUGUGCACCAGGAACAUUUGGCUUUGGCCCAGAGGGUUGCAAGCCUUGUGAUUGCAGUCCAGUUGGAGCCUUGGACAAUUUCUGUGAUCAGCAGACAGGCCAGUGCAAGUGUCGCCCGAACACCUAUGGCCGACAGUGUAAUGAGUGCCAGCCAGGAUUUUGGAACUUCCCUAAUUGUCAACGGUGCGAGUGUAAUGGCCAUGCUGACACCUGUGACUCUUACAGUGGAAUUUGCCAUGAGUGCCGUGAUAACACCACUGGUCCAAACUGUGCCUUGUGUAUUGAAGGCUUUUAUGGAGAUCCUCGUCUGGAAGUGGGUAUUGCCUGUCGCCCAUGUCCAUGCCCAGGCACAGUAGACUCUGGACAUAGUUUCGCUGACCGCUGUGCACUUGAUCCUCGUACUAAGGAUGUUGUAUGUGAAUGUGCUGAUGGAUAUGCUGGUUCGAGGUGUGAUGUAUGUGCGGAUAACUAUUUUGGAAACCCUGAAGUGCCAGGAGGUCAAUGCGAAUCCUGUGAUUGCAGUAAUAACAUUGACAUUUCUCGUCCUGGGAAUUGCGAUUCCCGCAGUGGGGAGUGCAUACAAUGUCUCUUCAAUUCCUUCGGCUUCAACUGUGAGCGAUGCCGCCCAGGUUUCUAUGGGGAUGCACUUAAUCAGCAGUGCAGAGAAUGUGUCUGCAAUAUCCUUGGCACCAACCAGACCAUUGAGUUCUGCGACCAUGAGACUGGCCAAUGCCCCUGCCUUCCUAAUGUGCUUGGACUGGAAUGUGACCGCUGCGCUGCAAACCACUGGAAGAUUGCAUCAGGCAUUGGCUGUGAACGUUGUGCAUGUGACCCCGUGGGUUCCUACUCAGAGCAGUGUAAUGAGUUUGAUGGGCAGUGUCAGUGUCGACCUGGAUUUGGUGGACGGCAGUGCAAUCAGUGCCAAACAAAUUUCUUUGGCAAUCCACGUGUUGAAUGCCUGCCUUGUAAUUGCAACCCAGAAGGCUCAGAGACUCUCCAGUGUGAUCACGAGACAGGGUACUGCAAGUGUCGAGAGGGCAUCGGGGGCGUGAAGUGUGAUGAGUGUGCCCGAGGAUUCACCGGCAGAGCACCAUACUGCCAGACAUGUGGGGAAUGCUUUGACAACUGGGACCUUAUUUUGAAUGAUUUACGAGAUCGCACAGAAGCCCUGAUUGCAGCUGCUGGACAGAUCAAGCAGACAGGAGCAACUGGUGCAUACAGUCAUGAGUUUGAGUCAAUGGAGGAGAAGAUUGCAGAUGUACAGAACAUUUUGCUAACUGCCAACCUAACAUCACAGAAUCUUGCCUCCCUCUCAAGCCUCAUUUCUGAGUUAACUGACAACCUAACUGUAGCUGCAUCAGAACUUCAAGACCUGGAGCAUGGUGUGGAUAACACUACACAGCGCAUUUCUUUGGCAACAAAUGCCCUGGCAGAUCUUAGAUUGCAAGCAGAGGAGCUGAAGAAUCAAGCAGGAGACCUUAAAGAAAAAGCUACUAAGUUGCAAGAAGCUAAUGUUGAAGGUGCUCUCAACCUCACCAGGGUGGCUGGAGAAAGAUCACGAGUUGCCCAAGAGAAAGUUGAGCUAACUCAAGUCAUUGUUGGGGAGUCAAGGCGCUCUCGCCGCAGGACUGAAAAUCUUCUUCUGCAUGCCUUAGAUCGUUUCAACCGUACGCAGAUUGGAAAUGAAGAGAACUUAGCAGAAAUGACAGAUGUGCUGGAUGAAAUGUAUCGAGGCAUUCCAGAUCUUAAUGAGCAGGUGUGUGACCGACGGGGUGAUCCUUGUGAUACCUACUGUGGUGGAGCUGGCUGUGGAAAGUGCGGAGGGCUCUCGUGUAAUAACGGUCUUGUAAACACCGCUGAGCUUGCACUCAAGUUUGCAGAUGAUGCCAAGGAAAUGCUGAAGAAGAAGGAGGCCUCAGUUGAUGAGCUAUUACGAGGCAUUGCUGGGGCUAAAAGGCAGUCUGAUAUAGCCUCAGACUUGGCUCUGAUGGCCUAUGACUUGGCCUUCAGUUCCCGUAACUUAACAGAUUCAUACAAAGCAAGAAUUACCAAGCUUUUGGAAGAAAUUGAGGAGUACUUUAGCACACCUGGUGCAAAACCGCAGGAAAUCAGGGAUCUAGCUGAAGAGGUCUUGAGCAUCGUUAUCUCCUUGGAACCAGAACAGAUUACAGACCUGGCAGAGAAGAUCACACUUGCCAUUGAGACUCUAACAAACAUUAAUGCAAUUAUUGAUGCAACCAGGAAUGAUCUGGACCUCGCAAUACAGUUGAAAGAAAGAGCUGACAGAGCCAAGGUUAAGGCUGAAGGAACACUAGGUGUAGCAGAACGUGUUGUAGAAGCCCUCACUGAAGCAAGCGCAGCACAGGAUGCUGCAGAACAAGCUAUCAUGCAGGCUAGUGAUGACAUUGAUGCCACACAGACUCAUCUUACCCAGAUUGCUAGUGAGACCAGUGUAGCUCAGGCCAAAGCUAAUUCCUCACUAAGGGAUGUACAGGACCUAGAAAGGAGAGUUGAGAGUGUAAAGUCGCAGUAUAUCAUCAAUCAGCAACAUCUAGAAGAUACGACUGCUGCUGUCAGCCAGGCAGAUCUCAAAGCACAGCGAGCAGCCAAUGAUGCAAAACAGCUGGAAGAUAAUUACGAGAUUGUAGAGGAAAAGCUACGGAUCAAGUUCCAAGCAGCUGAAGAAGCCAGACAAAGGGCAGAAGAACUUCGAAAGAGAGCAAACAAAUUGGCAUCAGAAGCUCAAGUCAAGCUAAGUAUGCUUAAGGAGAUGGAGGUAAUAUUUGUGAAGAAUGAGAUAAUUCUUGAAGACUAUGAAGAAGAAAUUCGCAAAAUGGAAGUGAGCAUGGAGGAGCACCAUGAAUACAUAUCAAAGAAGACAGAAUUCUAUGCUACCUGUCAGUCUGGGAGACGCUGAUCUGAUUCUCAAGAGGAACCAUGUUCUGUCAGGCUCAUUGUUGAUACCAUAAAAAGUCAUUCAUCUUUUAUAAUUUCUCCUUGUUUAGAAUUCUGUGAAAUACAGUAAGAAAAACUAAGAAAAUUUGAUUUUUUAUGUUAUGAAAGAUUACAGAUGUAAUGACUUUACUACAAUUUCAAAAAGGCUUCAGUAACAAAUUGUUAUCAGCUUAUGGAGCAAGAGACUUAAAUGUUCUUUAUACUGAGGAUGCCUAGAAACACUGUUAUUUAUUACCAGAUACUUCACUUCAUAAUUCCUGAAAUGAAAAACUAAGGAAGCCCUUUACACUGAGAUGUACAGUCAGGGAUAUUGAAUGAAUAUAAAUUGGUUGUAUACCUGUGACUUGUGUUUAUUUGUACUUUUUAAAAUAUUUUUUCUUCCUUUUUUUUGUGUGUAACACUAUCUUUCAGUUGUUGAACUGAAAAUGAUUUUUAAAAGGUAUUUGUGUAAAGUUGAUAGAACAAAACCGAUAAAUAUAAAUAUUGUUAAUUUCAUUUUUGGUUUCUGAUAAUUAUUAAUACAGUAUUUCAACUUUUU